ACCUAACCUAAAAUGUUGACAGUUAUAUUUCUGUCAAGGACUUUUAAAAACAUUUUUGUUAUGAAAUAAUUUUUUGGUUUAAACAUGGUCGUUGGUGCAUUUCCAGCUGCAAAACUAGGAGCACUUUUAUUAAAACAGAUUAGUAAACCGAUAGCGAAUGCUCUUAAAACUCAAGCGAAAAGUUCACCCGUAUUUAGGAAGUAUGUUUGUAUGCCUCCAGCCCAAUUUUAUAACUGGUGUGAGGUAAAAACGAAAAUGUGGAUCUUGAACUUAGGAAAACCUGUAAAUAUUCCUGUACUUAACGAAGCUAUGGCUAUUGAGCUAGGUGCUAAUUUAUUAGGCGAGGGAAUUAUUUUUUUGAUAGCUGCCGGUUUACUUAUCGCGGAAUAUAACAGGUCCUCCAAUAAAGAAGCUGCCAAAGAAGAGGCAAAGAAACAAGAAAUGGAAGAUUUGCAAAAUACUAUAAGAGAACUGUUUAUACAAACAGAGGAACAAGGCGCACAGCUGAGAGAAUUGACGAGGCAAUUAGGAAAUCUAGAUACAAAAUUAACCAGUCAGAAACUUCAAAAGGUAGACUCUAAGAAGCCAAUUAGCGGCCCAUCAGUAUCAGAUGCUCCCUUGAUUUUAAAUUCUACUAGUUAUAAAGAACAAUUUCCAACCGAAAAUAGUUACCAAAGAAAUAAAAGUUUUACACAACCGUCAUAUAGAUUAGAAAAAACGCCUUUUCACAGGGAAGAAUCUAGAAGUAUUAUUUUAAAGGCAGUAAACGAGGUUGAAGAUCAGUUUUGGAAUUAUCCACUUGUACACGAGGAAGAAGAAAGUUUUUUGUUUUUAAGCUUGUACCAUAUACAAAAGUUAUUAAGGUUGCAACCUUAAGUAAACCUUAGUGUAAUUAGUUAAGAUCUGAAAAGUAAAGUUGUUAAUAAUUAUAAGUGAAAAAUGAAUGUAAACUAAUAAUAUUGUUAAAGAUG